GGGGAGUAUAUAGAGGAACACAGGGGUCUGUACAAGGACGUGAUGAUGGAGAAUCACCGGCCCCUCACAUCACUGGAUGGGCCCAGUAACAGAGAUACCCCAGAGAGAUGUCCCCAUCCUCUGUAUUCCCAGGAUUGUACAGAGGAGAAUCACAGGACCCCACAGGAGGAUCAGGAUGACUGUCUGACUGAUAUAAAGGCAGAAGAUGCAGAGGGAGAAGAAGAGACGUAUGUGACUGAUAUGAAGGUAGAAGAUAUAGAGGGAGAAGAAGAGACAUAUGUGACUGAUAUAAAGGCAGAAGAUAUAGAGGGAGAAGAAGAGACGUAUGUGACUGAUAUAAAGGCAGAAGAUACAGAGGGAGAAGAAGAGACGUAUGUGACUGAUAUAAAGGCAGAAGAUAUAGAGGGAGAAGAAGAGACGUAUGUGACUGAUAUAAAGGCAGAAGAUCUAGAGGGAGAAGAAGAGACGUAUGUGAGGGGAGAUCAGCAGUGUAAGGAGGAGGAGAUCCCUACAGAUAUCAGCACAGCAGAUGGACCCACAAGCAGGAAUAUCUCAGAAGUACAUCUAAUGUUAUCCCUGGAUUGUGAAAUAACAGAUGACAGUAGACCGGAUUCUCUAGGAGAUAAUCCCAUUACCCCAAUUAUACAUCCAGCUCUGUCAGCUGAUCCCCCUGAUCCUGGGAAAUGUUCUUCUGAUCACUCUGAUAUUGGUGCAUCUAUUACAGCUCUGAGAGUAGAUAAAGAGUUUCCCUGUUCUACAGAUGCCAAAUGUUUUACACAGAACACAAAGCUUAUUACUCAUCAGUCAGCUAAGGCAGGUGAGAGGCCAUUUCCAUGUUCUGAGUGUGGGAAAUGUUUUUUAUCUAAAUCAAAUCUUGUUGAACAUCAGAGAAGUCACACAGGUGAUAAGCCGUAUUCCUGUUCUCAGUGUAUGAAAUGUUAUGCACAGAAAUCAAAUCUUGUUACACAUCAGAAAAGUCACACAGGUGAGAAGCCGUUUUCCUGUUCUGAGUGUGGGAAAUGUUAUGCACAGAAAUCAAAUCUUGUUACACAUCAGAGAAGUCACACAGGUGAGAAGCCGUAUUCCUGUUCUGAGUGUGGGAAAUGUUCUACAUCGAAAUCAAAUCUUGUUACACAUCAGAAAAGUCACACAGGUGAGAAGCCGUAUUCCUGUUCUGAGUGUGGGAAAUGUUUUACAUUGAAAUCAAAUCUUGUUACACAUCAGAGAAGUCACACAGGUGAGAAGCCGUAUUCCUGUUCUGAGUGUGGGAAAUGUUUUACAUUGAAAUCAAAUCUUGUUACACAUCAGAGAAGUCACACAGGUGAGAAGCCGUAUUCCUGUUCUGAGUGUGGGAAAUGUUUUACAUUGAAAUCAAAUCUUGUUACACAUCAGAGAAGUCACACAGGUGAGAAGCCGUAUUCCUGUUCUGAGUGUAGGAAAUGUUUUGCACGGAAAUCCGUUCUUGUUAAACAUCAGCGAUUUCACAGGUGA